AUGGUAGAAUCUGUUGUUAGUACAUCUCCUCUUCAUCAUACAAACGAGUUCAUCUACUCUAGUUUGUUAAGUCAACAAGAGAGCAUCUUUGCGUUAGGAUCAUCGCAGCCACCAGUGUUCAUUCCUCAAGCUUCCCAGGGUGAUGCAAGCGUUGGUGUAGACAAGGACAAGGAAAGAAACGCAAGGAGGCAAUGGACGCCGAGUGAUGAUAUUCUCCUCAUCAGCUCGUGGCUCAACACCUCCAAAGAUCCUGUUGUUGGAAAUGAGCAAAAGUCAGUGGCGUUUUGGACGAGAAUCUCAAUCUACUUUGCUGGAAGUCCAAAACCAGCAGGAACCGUUAACCGCGAGCCCAUUCAAUGCAAACAACGUUGGCAGAAGAUCAAUGAAGCUGUAUGUAAAUUCAGUGGUUGCUACGAUGCUGCAACAAGAGAGAGGUCAAGUGGCCAAAAUGAGAAUGAUAUUCUCAAAAUGGCCCACGAGAUUUACUUCAAUGACAACAAGAAGAAAUUCACAUUAGAACACGCUUGGAAGGAGCUUCGUUAUGAUCAAAAAUGGUGUGAUCAAACAAGUUCAAAAAAAGAUGGCAUUUCUAAAAGACCAAGGUGUGAAGAUGGUGGUCAGUCCCCAGCUGAUGUUGAAACCGGGAAAAGGCCUCCUGGUGUUAAGGCCGCAAAGGCGAAAGGGAAGAGGCCCAUGGUGGAUCCAAAUGCUAUGGCAAAGUUUCAGGAAAUGUUGCAAUUAAAGGAGAAAGAUAUGGUCACAAGGGAGAGACUUCUGAGAAUGUCAAUGCUUGACAAUAUCCUUGCGAAGAAAGAGCCCUUAUCCGAGUCCGAAGAAAUAAUGAAGGAAAGCUUAUUAAAGAAUUGUUCUGAACUACUUUUCUUUGUGUUUACUCGGGUUUGUUGUUGA